UACCAACACCAUCAAUUCUCUCUGAACCUUAUCAACAUCCCGUGAUCAUGAUCUUCUUCGUUGAUCAGUAAUCUAAGAAAUCAAAGAUUGGAAACAAACCAAAAGUUGUAGGUAUGUUGUUUUCUUCUGUUCUUUGAUCUGUUCAUCUUUAAUUGGGCUAUUGAUAAGUUAUCGUCUUAUUGUUUUGCAAUACAAAUCGAGAUCCAAUGUUUUUUUGAUUCUGAUUCACCAAUCUUUUUUUGUUUUAGUGAUCAACAUCUUCGUUUGAGGUAUUGUUUUGUAUUUUUCUUAUUAUCUUCAUCGAACCUGAACUAUAUGCUUUCCGAUGUUUAUGGAAACUUGAUUUCCAAUCGAUUUCAAUAUUGUUAACCGCUUAUUGUUUUGUUAUUAAUUGCAUGUUAAUUUUCGCCGAUCAUUGUCGCCCAUGUAUUCAUUUGACAAAAUCGAGUAGAAGAACAUCAGACAAUGAUGAUGAUUCUGAUCCUAAUUAUGUUGAAUCUAUGGACGAUGAGUCGAAUGAUGUUUCUUCACUUUUCGACGACUCUGAUAGUGAUGUUGUUUCUACUGAUGGAAUGUCCGAUGAAGAUGAUGAGCAAGAUAGGGAUUCACCAGAUUAUCAUAAAGUUGAUCCAGACUAUCAUCCUAUAGAGUUCCGUCUUAUUGUUGAUGUUGCUUUGGCGUCUAGAAUUGACAUGACUAUGAAGAUGUGUGUACAAAACUUGUCUGGUGCUGAGAAAAAGGUGGUGGUUUUCGUUAUUAUGCUUCAGAAUGGUGCAAAAAAUUUACAAAACCAAAUGGUAUAAAUCAUCCAGACAAGUGCGUCUUUGUUUAUUGUGCAGUUCAAAACAAGUUGAUCUGAAGAAGGUGUUAAAGUAGUUGCAUUUCCUCGUUCAAUGCAAUCUAAUGAUCAGUUUUUUGGAUGUUAUGUUAAUACCAAGUAGUUGGGUUUGUUAUCAGUACUAUAUAAUCAUUAGUUUUUUUUUUUUUUUUGUAAGGUUACCACCUCUUUUUGAAUGUUUUGACAUUAGUAUUUAUGAUUUCGAAUAUUUGCUCAAAUUAUCACGAU